AUGGCAAAGAUUUUUUGUGUUUUACUCUGUGCGUGUGUGAUUUUUCAAACUGUGUGGUGUCAAUUCGGGUUUUUCCCACCAAGAGGCAACAACCAGAAUCGCAAUUUUGUGGGACAGUCUUUUCUCCAAGGUCAGAACGCAAUCCGAGACGGUUUUAAUGGAAUUUUCAAUCCCAAUCGACAAAGGCCCACUGUCAAACCAAUCCAAGAAGAUACGAUAUAUAUUAUAGAAACGGAUGUACCAGUAAACCAGAAUGGACAAAAUGGACAAAAUUCUGGCAGACCAAUGAUCUUUGUUGAAGAAGAAAAUAGUGGCAACGUUAAUUUUAAUGGUAACAAUGGCUUUCAACCUAAUCGAGGAAAUGAGGGAUUUCGACCAAAUCAAGGAAAUGGAGGAUUUUUUCCAAAUCAAGGGAAUCAAGAAUUUCUACCAAAUCAAGGAAAUGGAGGAGUUUUACCAAAUCAAGGGAAUCAAGGAUUUCUACCAAAUCAAGGAAAUGAAGGUUUCCAGCCUGACGGAGCUGUAAACUUCGGCAAUAAUCAACAAAAUCCGACCUUCGGUGGUAACCAAAACAACGAAGGACAUCAAGAGAAGAGUGGACAAGACGGUGACUCACCAGCACCAACAAAUGACCCUGUGAACUUCGAUGAUAUAUCAUCGGCGCCGGAGACAUCAACACUGCCAGCUCUGACGCCAGUUCCCGCGGUCAAAACUGAGUCCAGAAACAGCUUUAAUUUCGGAUCACCAACAGUCUUUGGAGCGACCUGUGAUACCGUCGACGGUGGUGUGGGUAACUGCAUCUCCCUCUAUAACUGUCAGCAGUAUCUGAAGCUGGUGCAAGAAUCAAGGGCGGAGGCCACGAAGAUCUUGAGAAAGGCCCACUGUGGCUUUGAAGGCAACAACCCAAAGGUUUGCUGUCCCCUCCCCGGCAUACCAACUGCCCCACCACAACCUCCUACCACUACCACCACGACUACCACCACUACCACAGCAGCACCAGUAACAGCAAUGUCUAAGACAGCACUGGGAGACUUUGUUGAUUCCCUCCCGGAUCCUCCCGUGUGUGGAGUGAGCAAUGCAACGUUCAGCCGUGUCGUUGGAGGAAUCAAUGCUAAGUUAGGUGAUUUCCCCUGGAUGGCCCUUCUGGGGUACAAAAGUCGCCGUGGCGGUACUAGCUGGCUGUGCGGAGGGUCCCUCAUCAGCUCACACCAUAUCCUCACAGCUGCCCACUGCAUACACAACCACGAAAAUGAUCUAUACGUCGUCCGACUCGGCGAGCUGGACUUGGCCAGAGAAGACGAAGGCGCGACUCCCUUGGAUGUAAUGAUCAAACAGAAAAUAAAACAUGCGGAAUAUAGCGCCACCUCCUUCACUAAUGACAUCGGUAUACUCAUACUCGAUAGGAAUGUGGAAUUCACAGACUUGAUCAGGCCCAUCUGCAUUCCUAAGGAUAGUGAAUUGAGAGCAAGAAGCUUCGAGGACUACACCCCACUCAUCGCUGGAUGGGGACACACUGAAUUUAGAGGACCAUCUGCAACACACCUUCAAGUUCUUCAACUACCAGUCGUCAGCAAUGACUUCUGUACUCAAGCAUAUGCCGCGUAUAAGGCACAAAAGAUCGACGAGCGAGUGCUCUGCGCUGGCUACAAGAAGGGAGGCAAGGAUGCGUGUCAGGGAGACAGUGGUGGACCUCUGAUGCAGCCAAUUUGGUCACCAGUAGAAUACAAGACCUACUUCUUCCAAAUCGGUGUGGUCUCCUACGGGAGGAAGUGCGCUGAGGCUGGUUUCCCUGGCGUUUACUCCAGGAUCACACACUUCGUGAAUUGGAUUGAGGAGCAGAUAGUACGAGGCAUUAGCCGAUGA